ACAGUUGUCAUCGUUAGCUGUCAUCCGCUGUGGCCUCAUACGUUCCAUCACAGUAGUGCUCCUAUUUUGUUGUAUUUUGUUUCGCAUAAAGAAGCGAUCCCGUACUCUCCCGUGUGCUGAAUAAUUCAAGAAAGCGCCGCUGGUCGAACACCUCUAGCACAUUCGCGUUCCGACGUGUUUCGCUUUGCGAUUUCGUACAAUCAUCCUCAACCGCUGCAAGCAACAUGGAUCACACGGGCCAGGACGCACCGAAUCAACUUCCUCCAGACGAUAUAGAGCAAAACUUUUUAACCCAGUUUAGCUCGAUGGUCACGACGGACAAGGCUGACCUGAUUCAGCAGUUUCAAUCGAUUGGGGGAAACGUAAAUGAUUCGACGGCAAACUUCUUCCUGGAUAUGACCAAUUGGAACCUCCAGGCGGCAGUGGGGUGCUACUUUGACUUUAUGUCCCAAAACCGACAACCCUCGAUGAAGCUGCUGAACGAUAUCACGGUAGGAAAGGGCGAAAAAAUCACACCGAGCACAGCCAUUAAGCUUACCUGGCUGCUGCAGAACAAUGGCGAUAUCGCGUGGCCAAACGGGUCCUACGUAGGCUUGCGUCGAAACCCUAACAUGAUGGAGGAAAACAUUGCGCUGACGUACGAGGAUCUCAAGUACUACGUCCCCUCGAUACCACCGAAUGAUACCGUGUCAGUUUCGGUACAGCUCGUCAGCCCAUCCAAUGUGGGACUGUUUGAGACUGUAUGGUCCAUCUACACACCGAGCGGUGUUAGCUUUGGUGAUAAUAUCAUCUCAAGGAUCGAGGUAAGCUUGGAUGGAACAAUGGCUGUUACACAACAAUUUUCCAAUCUCCAAACGGAAUCCGCCAGCGAAGCUAACCCGCAACAAAACACAACGGAGGGACAGUCGAACGAGCUGGACGAUAGUGAGAUGUGGGGAUAGCUAACAAAAUACCGCAUCAGCAAGUGUACAGAAGAUCGUAAUUUCCUUUUCGUCAAGUACUUUUUAAGUUUAAUUACCCCUUUUGCCCGUUGUUAUUAUUAGAGUAUUGUCUUCGUGUGUUCGACGCUUCAACGAACGGUUGUGAUUUGUGCGCAUCAAUAUUUGCGAACAGCUUUUCAUAGUUCUCGUUUGGCACAACUUACAUUAUUUACUGUUACCCCAUUUAUGAGGGUAACUAAUAGGGAUGUUAGGGCUUGUAUAAACUCUCACCAAGUGCUAGUUAAAAAUCAACACUCUCCCCACUUUCCCCGUCAUUAUUCAUAAUCCCGUGUUGGCUACUGAUAAUCAGUCCUGUCCCAUAUUGUUUGCCUUGGUGCUAAACAAGCUCAACAAGUUUUGGGACAUUUUAAUGUGUUUUUUAACUUUUAUUAAUUGGAAAAAAGUUUAAUCAAAGCAGGAAAACAAGUAAGCUAACGAACAACAAAGCGAUUUGAGUACGAAGCUAAUCUGUAUCUAUAAUCUACAGAUUAACGUUUUAGCGUCGUAAGGACAGAUUAUCAGAAUUGCUUCCUCUUCCAUUGACACUAACUUCAAAGUCCAAAAGAUUUUUUAUAGCUUUCUACGUAGGGUUCCCUGUCGUACAAUUUGCCGAUAGCCCCGUUUUGACUUUCCCUCUUCGUGCCAGCAGCUGGCACCGCUCAUAAUAUGUGGUUUGCUCUGUAGGAAAAAAAAAGUCUAGUAAGCUAAUGUUUUAGCAGCAGCAAAAGAGUUUUUAACACCAAAAUAAGGAAGGCAGAGAAAUGCUCUCUCGCCUCCCCUAAUCAGCCCGGACUAUGACUGAAAAAAGCACCAUAAUAGUAGUAGUAGUUCUGCUUUCUUCUUUUUUAGCACUAUAAUUUCAGGAGGUUUUCUUAGCCUGCUGAUAUCUGGCUUCCUACGCUUGAUACUAAACCCCCAGCGGAAUAGUCAGUGUCAGCACGCGUGGGGGAACGGUCCGGAUGGGAUUCGAUAGUCCAAUCCUGCCCGGAUCAAAGCUCAGUGUUCAGUGGUGGCGGUAGAACCAAACACCCAACAAACAAAUCGAUAAAUAACGUUUUCUCAUUUGUCGUUUAUCUGUUUCAAGGCUUGCAAUUAACACGAACAAAACAUCUCAUUACUUCACUGAAUUCAUUGUGGGAGCAACAGACAUAACAGGCGGGCAUAUCGAAGAAACAGAAAAGAAAUAUAACUGGCAGUUAACACACACACACCAUACGUUGAAGGGAAAGGAGUCUUAGAAGAAGAAGCUUGCUGUAAUCAGAAACCGCCAGGCCUGAGUGCAGAUUAGCGAAGAAAGACCUGGAGACUGGGAGGCAGAAGAAAAGCAAGAUGAAGCGUUACCGCCCGUUUGAAGCGUUCGUUGAA